UUCCUGCUGAUGCAAUCUGCCCGACAGCCAGCAUCUCCCUGCGCGAGGGCCGGUCUACAGUCCCGCUGCCACGUGGAGCAGCCGGUUCCCGACCUUGGCGCAGCGGACAGCGCAGGAGGCGCAGAGGGCCCGAGACACAUCGGGUUGGUCCUCCGCUCAGCGCCAGCCAUCCUCACCACCGCGGGAACAAUGAAGGACUGCAAUAAUGGAUGCUUGGAAGAGUGUGCCAGAGAAGCAGGAUCCAAUGCGGCCGUGAGAACUUUAAAGGCUAAAGAUCUAAUAAUCACACCAGCCACCACUUUAAAGGAGAAACCAGACGCAGAUAAUGUGGUUUUUGGAACCGUUUUCACGGAUCACAUGUUGACAAUCGAGUGGUCCUCGGAGUUUGGAUGGGAGAAACCGCACAUCAAGCCUUUUCAAAACCUGUCCUUGCAUCCUAGCUCGUCGGCUUUGCACUAUGCGGUGGAGUUAUUUGAAGGAAUGAAGGCAUUUCGAGGAGUAGAUAAUAAAAUUCGACUCUUUCGGCCAGACCUCAAUAUGGAUAGAAUGUACCGAUCUGCUCUGAGGGCAACUCUGCCGGGAUUUGACAAGGAAGAGCUUAUGCAGUGUAUUCAACAGCUGGUGAAACUGGAUCAAGAAUGGGUCCCCUAUUCAACAUCUGCUAGUCUGUAUAUUCGUCCCACAUUCAUUGGAACUGAGCCUUCCCUUGGAGUCAAGAAGCCUACGAAAGCCAUGAUCUUUGUGAUCCUGAGCCCAGUGGGACCUUACUUUUCAAAGGAAACCUUUGAGCCAGUGUCUCUGUGGGCCAAUCCGAAGUUUGUACGAGCCUGGAAAGGUGGGACCGGGGACUGUAAGAUGGGAGGGAAUUAUGGCUCAUCUCUUCUCGCCCAGUACGAAGCCUUGGGUAACGGGUGCCAUCAGGUUCUGUGGCUCUAUGGAGAGGAGAACCAGAUAACGGAAGUGGGAACUAUGAAUCUUUUCCUUUACUGGAUAAAUGAAGAUGGAGAGGAAGAACUGGCAACUCCACCACUAGAUGGCAUCAUUCUUCCAGGAGUGACGAGGCAGAGCGUUCUGGACCUGGCUCGCAAGUGGGGAGAAUUCAAGGUGUCGGAGAGGCACCUCACCAUGGGGGACUUGACGGCAGCCCUGGAGCAGAGCCGAGUGAGGGAGAUGUUCGGCACCGGCACGGCCUGCGUCAUUUGCCCAGUUUCCGACAUACUGUACCAGGGUGAGACUCUGCACAUCCCAUCUAUGGAGAAUGGGCCUAAGCUGGCAAACCGGAUCUUGGGCAAACUGACUGAUAUUCAGUAUGGAAGAGAAGAGAGUGACUGGACAAUCAUCGUAUCCUGAAUGGAAAAUACAGCAUACUAUCUGUAUGUUACAGGGACAGAGUGUUGCUUUCAAAUUACAUGUUCUUUGGCUACUUGUUUUUAGUUGUGUGUAAUGUAGUUUAUAUUAUCCGUGUUAGGAAGGUGAUUGUUUCCUCAUGCCAGAGAAAAUAAACUGCAAUCAUCAAAUGGUGUUUUGUAAACUUAGUAGUAGAAGCCUAUCUUACCGUCCUAGAAAGAUAAUAAUGAUGUAAGCCAUACAGCAUAGAAUUUCUGUCAGUAUCCUUGGUGCCUCCCUUAGUACUUCACUCAGAUACAAAAGUGUUUAUUCUUUAGCGUAAGUAUUAUUCUGCUGCUCAACCAAGUGAGUUCUGUUGUGUGUGUUUAGAAGCUGACCUGAGUAAAUUUCAGAGGUAUCACUUCCUGUGCCACGUUUUUGUCCUCAGAAGGUGUUUUGUUAUGUUAAGUCGAGACUCUGAAGACCUGUGUUUCCUCAUGUCACAUUUUUUUGCAGGCCCCCAAGUCCAUCUUAAGGGGCAUCCCUCCUGUCUCCCUGAUGUCAUGGUCUCUUCAUGCAUCAGCAGGACCCGUGCACAUUCCCAGCAUCGCCCUUCCUGUGUUGUGUUGUAUGUCAUUGGCUGCUUGGUAGACUCCACUACAUCACUGGGGUCUGUGCCUUAGAGAUCUUUGUAUCGCCGACACCUGGCACGUAAUAGGUACUCAGUAAAUGAUGACUAAAUGAAUAUUUACCUUCUAUAGAAGUGAACCUUCUUUGUUUCUAUAUUAUGAAACCUCUUUAUUAGAAUUGUGAUUGAUUCUGACAUUGUGCAUAUUUACCUCAUAAAGUCUUUAUUUUCCAUGGGCUGCUCAGUCAUUAGAGAUACUCAGAAGCAUAGUUCCUUGGAAGAAUGGAACUUCAUGUGCAAAGACUGUCUUGGAAUUUAAGUUAUAACUCUACAGAGAAGUCAUAGUAUCGUACCAACAAAAUGGAAAUGACAAAUGUUGUAUGUUAAGUGUUAAAUACAAAAUAAAUCAUCUCAGCUUGUUUGUUAGUAGUAAGCAAAGAGAGGUAUACUAUGGUUUCUGUACUUUUGAUUUUAUAGGUGCUCUUUUCUGUUGAAUGGGGAGAUGAACACGUGAUUAGGGUACAGUGAAUGCAAUUAUAAGUGUCAUUUUCCUUGUUUAGGAACUCAGAGUUAAAAUUGUAUCCUGGUUUAUUUAGGAGAAAGUGAAAGUAAAAUAGGCUACAUUUACCCUUGAAAGGUCAACUCUUAGACAUUAUAUUUGGGUUUCCUUCAGUACUAAUAACUUUCAUCUUGCUGAUCAUAUUUUAUUCUCUUUUCAAAACAAGGGAAAAACUUUCUAAAAGUUCAGUGCAUUGAAAAAUUUUCCUUAAGGCACAUAGCAGCACAUAGCAAAUGGGGCUUUGAUUCUUUCCCAAGACUUUUGGCCAUGGGGUCUUUUUAGAUAGGAAGAGUAAAGUGAAAAUUAGGGAAGUAUAACAUGAAAAAGAAUGGUAAAAAUAUUUUUAGGGGGCUUUUAAUUGUUGAUCUGAAGUACCUGUUCUUUGCAGGCCUUAGGUGAUUUAACUUUCUCUGUACUCCUUCUCCAAGUAACAUUCUAAGGGUAUGUAUUGUCUUGGCUAAGUCCUGGGAACUCGUUUUUUUUUUAAUGUAAUUGUUGUUUAAUUACGUUUAUCCCUGUUUUUGCCCCAUUGCUGUUCCCCUGCCCUGCCACCCGCUCCCAGAUUCUAUCCUCCCCACCUCUAUUGUCCUUGUCCAUGGGUCUUUUAUACCUGUUCCUUGACUUGACCCUUCCCCUUCUUUCCCUGGUUGUCCCCCACCUGCACCCCCUCUGGCACUGUCCGUUUGUCCUUUGCUUCCCACUCACUUUUAAUAGAGUACUCUAGAAAAGACUGCCAGGUCAUUUUAACCUGUUAGGUAGCACAUAAGUGACCAGGCUCACAUUUCUAUGAAAAAUGGAAAUUGUUUGUUUGCCAUAAAUGCAUUUGAUACUUUGCAUUUCUAAAUUUAGUAUGGCAAGACAACGUUUUGACAUUAUAUCUGUAUUUUAAAAAACUGAGGGUAUCCUAAAACAGAGAACACAAUCUGCCAUUCUCCUUUAAGUAAUAAGACAGGAAAUUGACCUUGACACUAACUUAAGUAGAUUUAAAAGGAACAUCUGCACAUCCUUUUUCCUUCUGCACUAUUUGUUUAAUUGUCGUGGAUUAAUACAGCGAGAGUGGCACAUUAUAACUAGGCAAUUAUCUGUUCUUCAGGGCUUAGUUAUCGUAACACUAAUUGAUCAUUUAAGGUGUAAGAUAGUGUAGCAUUAGGAACAUGUAAGGCUAAUCUGCUCAAAAAGAUCAACAAAUUAAUAUUGUUGCUGAUAUUUGCAUAAUUGGCUGCAAUUAUUUAAUGUUUAAUUGGUUGAUCAAAUGAGAUUCAGCAAUUCACAUGUGCAUGAAUAGAAACAGAACUGGUGGCACUUGAAAUGAUAAUGAUUAACUUAUUUUGCAUGUUCUCUUCCUCCCACAUUUUUCAGGGGUUUUUUUUUUCAGACCAAGUUUGUCAGCUUUUUCCAGCAGAUCCAUAGAAACCAAAUUUUUAAAUGAAGCAUUCCAACAUAGACAUGAGCAUUUCCUGAAGAUACUUGCUGUUGGAAAUAUUCUAAGUUACAGUGAUUUAUUAAGGGCUAACUCAUGGCACCAAAAGAAGGGUCUACAUCAGGGAUGUGCCCCAUGCAGCUGGCAGAAUGAAUCAAUUAAUAAUGCCUGCUUUCCCCUUUGCUUUCAAAAAUAUACAGGAAAAGUUAAAGGGAAAGAGAAGUCACUGAGACACUUUGUUAAGGGAUAGUGUUUUUCUUCCCUGGUAAACAGCCUUUAUUCUUUUCUCAAAAGAUUUCUGUAAGCAAAAAAAAAAAAAGGAUCAGAGGUAGCAGCAAAAAAGUGCAGAGCUUUGUCAACUACAGGACAUGUAAUGUGAACACUCCAGAGGCUUACAUUAUGUACAUACACCCUGGGUUAAAAUUCCUCACCAUAUCAGUUUUGUUGGUUGAUACAAUUGUAUCUAAACAAGAGGUCUUGCUUUCUUCAAAUCAGGCCAUUCUUGGGCACUUGAAGGCAAUUAAUGAGUAUAUCUUAGUCAAAAGAAUAGUAGGAGCCCCUUAUUAAAGCUGCAGUUUGAACUCUGCUUUAGGGCUUUGUGCUAUGAAAUAAAUCAGCCGCCGAAACAAGCGUAUUUAUUUUCCCCCCUUGGUGGGCAAUCAUCGUGUUCUUUUUUUCUUCAAAAGUUUAUUUUUGAAAUUAUGUGUUCGGUUUACCCUUAUGAUUGGGGAAAAUGUGUUUUAAGCAGAAAAUGAUAGCAUUUGUUCACUUUCAAGGACUGAUACUGAAAAUAUUGGAGUCAUAAAUAUUCAUUGCAUACAUUAAAGCAAAGGGCUUAGCCAGGGGUUGGAGAAACAUUGUAAGGAGAACCUAUUUCAUGUCCUAAUUCUAAAUAUGAUCAAAGUAUUCUUCCUUGUAAUGUGGAUUUGCAGAAUCUUAGUUACACACAGUAAUGCUGGCAAGUAAUUUUAGUAGACACUUUGCUUUGUCACUUGUCUUCCCUAGAAGAGUUUGUUCAGCUACCUCUUUCCCAGACCUCUCUUUGAGAAGGAGGCUAAGGGUACCAGCUUUUCAAUAACCAUAGUCUAUUAAUUGAUGAGGAUCACGUAGAUCGUAGUAAUUUGAUCAGUUAAUUUGAUAAAUGUUGAUUGAGUACUCAUAUGUACAUCUAAUCCAACUUGCAAUACGGAUUAGGAAGUUAGUUUUAGAAAAUAAAUAGUACAUAUAAUAUACUUCCCUCAAGUUGUCUAUAUGCUACUAGUUAAACAAAAACGCAGUAUUUAAUGCAGUAUGAUAAUACGGAGACAAAGACCAGAACACAUCUCUUAAUGAGAAAUUACAAUGAAUAUUUUCACCUCAUUUUUAAAGGGUAGUUGCCCUUUAAAGUACUUCUUUUUUCCUCUAGUCAAAACUCCUCAGUCUGGUUAGUAGUUAGGAGUUAUUCAGCCACUGCCCUGUUGUGCGAAUCGCCUCCUCCUGGUUUACUACUUACUGUCAGCCCUUAGCCCAUUUGUCAGCCGCAUUUUCCGGGAGCACCGUUGAGUUGUCAUGGUGCACCUAACAAAGAAACACCUUGAAUUACAGCAUCUUUGCUGACCUCAGAGCUAGAUAAUACUGAAACAAAAUGUUCCUAGUGUGAAUUUUGGGGGGAGAAUGUCUGUUUAAAGAGCAUUAGCUUGAAAAUAGUGGAUCUAGCUAGUCAAAACAUAGGUGCAAGACUAACUUUAAUAAUGAUUCUUCACAGUUUGAGCUUUUAAAAUAAAGGUAAAUUAAAUUAUUGCAAAGAGAUUCAUUUUUAUUCUUGCCAAAAAGCCCUUUAAAAAUACAAAGGUAGAAGAAAGUGAUUUAUUUUCAUCUUCAGCAUACAUAUCAUAAUAAAAGACUGAGAUAUUUUAGGGAAGAAAGCUGGUAAUGAAAUGUAUCAAAAGGCUAUAGCACUGUUUGUGGGUAAAUAAUUCCUUGAGACCAUAUAUCGGUAUACAUUUGCUUUAAUGAAUGUUAAAAUUUUUAGUCAGAAAAUGGGCAUAAAAUUUUUAGUUUGAGAAAAUGAAGUAGUUUUUGAAGUCUGCUAAGUGUAAGCAAGUACUGAAGUUUUAGGUAAUCUUAUGCUGUUAAAAGUAUAUAUUUUUUACCCCACAAUAAAUACAGUUAGUAAAGCCUAAAACUUAAGUUGCAUGAUGUUUAAUUUACUGAAUCUGCUGUUGGGAUUGUAAGGUCAACUCUAAGCUGUGGUAUGGGAAUGAAUUAAAAUGCAGUUUCCUUGACAGAUUUCUCUGCAUAUCCACUACCACAGUGGCUAGGUUCCUUGUUACCCAUUAGUGAUUUAUGGAGGAAAAUUUAUCUAGAGAAGAUGUCAGAGGAAGAAUAACUGGAGGUAGAGAAAGAAAUAAUCAGGCUUGCUUCUGCAUUUUCCAAAGGAGCUUUUUUCUUAUUCUGCCAGCCAUAGGGAUCUUCAGCUUUCAACACAGGUGCCAAACACAGAGACUCGUGCCAAUUAGGAAGUGACCAAAUACAGUGGCAGCUCAUCAGACAUGAGGAUUAGGCUGUGGUCAUCAGGUGAUAAUUUGAGGGUUGUGUUCCAUGGAAACUGCUGAGAUGACUACCUAUUUGAAUGACGCUUUAUUGUAUAACUGCAUAGUCUACAUGGUCUGUUGUGGCGUUUCUUCAGUGGUCUUAUUCUCAGAUUUGUGAAGCUUCUUGAGGCUGAAUAAAAGCAUAAGUGACAAGGAGCAGACUGUGACUGGAUUAGACUGGGACUAUUUUUCCUCCUUAGGAAUAGUAUUUACCAAUACCCCCCUUCCUUGGUGAAGAUUGACUGAUUUGGAAAUUAGUUGGAUGUUAUCAUUUACUGUUUCACUAAAAUGUGCGACAACAUGCAGUUCCCUCAAGCUAAUUUCACGUGGUUGUUAAAGUCAUUCCCAGGGUUACGAAAGGAAUUCAGACUGCUGCUUCAGUUUCUACUUCUUUGAUAUGUUUUUGAAGAAUGCAGGAAUUCUCUCAAGAGUAUGGCUGUAAGUAGAUUUUGAAUCAUCUUAAAAAUAAGCCAGCACCUCUGUGUGCGUCUGUAAAUUACUUCCCCAUUGAUGAUGAGAAUGAAUGAUCCUGCAAUCCACUCAGCUAGCUAGUAUGUGGAGCCUAGCCCACCAUUUUGAAGAAUUGGUUCUUACUUGAGAAAAUAACUUAUUUAAGAAAGUAGUUUUUAAAUCAGAGUUUAACGAUAGAGGAGAAUAUCAACUUUGGGAUUUUCAAAACGUGUUCUCAUAUCGAAAUUUGAUUGUAAUGAAAAACCACAGCCAUUGCUAAUUGCAAAUAUCACAAGUUGUGUAGUGAUUCUUGAAAUUCUGUUUAAGAAAAAUCGAGUAGAAGGAAAUAAACACUUGGUUUAUUUCCAGGGCCCUGGCUGGUGUGGCUCAGUGGAUUGAGUGCGGGCCUGCAAAGCAAAGGGUAGCUGGUUUGAUUCUGGGUCAGCGCACAUGCCUAGGUUGUGGGCCAGGUCCCCCAGUAGGGGAUGUGCAAGAGGCAACCACACACUGAUGUUUCUCUCCCUCUCUUUCUUCCUCCCCUCCCCUCUCUCUAAAAAUAAAUAAAUAAAAUCUUUAAAAAUAAGGAUUGGCUUUUAUAAAAAAUGUUAAAAGAUUAUGUUAAAAGGAAUUUAAGCUCACUAAAAGCAUGCUGAUGGAAAUGUGGAAAACAGAGUGGGUAAAGGAAACUACCUCGUUUUUUGAAGGUUUAGUAGCAGUACAAAUGACCUUUAAAAAUGGCUUUGUUACAUGUGAACCAUUUGGUGUGAAAGAAUCCUGCAGUGUCUAAAGGACCUGGAAUAAUUGUAUUUUGCUAGCAAUAGACACAUUCUUCGUUGUUUGCGGGUUCUUCAUCAGAUCUUUAAUUAUGUACUGUUUCUAUCAUCAAUAAAACAAC